CGCUGAAGUUGCCCCGGAGCGGCGCUGUGAGGUUCACACACAUCAGCUGCUCUCACGACUCCAUUGUACUGCAGCAGAACAGCAGUGGGUCCACUGCCAAGAACACGACCCGCGGUACCUGCACGUGGCACAGCUAAACAAAUGAUAUUGCUGAUCAUGUGCUGUGAAGAAUUGGCAGAGAGAGGGAGCUGGUGUCCCGUCCCACUCCACUUUUCUCUGUCCAAGCAACUGCUCCAGAGGAGAUGGGACUGAGAUCCAGAAGAGAGCACUUCUCGCUUCAGCAUGGUGCUCCCUCUUUUCUGAGGGUGACACCUGUGUGCUCAGAGCUGCAGAGGGAUGUUUGUGCACUGGAACAGGCAGGUCCUGCUCCCUGUGCUCGGCCUGCUGACCGUCCUAAUGGUUCCUGCUGCUCCACAACAGACCAACAGCCAGAGGGAGGCAGGCUCAUCCUGCUACGGCGGAUUUGACCUCUACUUUGUUUUGGACAAGUCUGGCAGUGUCCGGGGCUACUGGAAUGAAAUUUACUAUUUUGUUGUCCACUUGGCACACAAAUUCACAAGUCCACAGCUGCGGAUGUCCUUCAUUGUGUUUUCCACCUCAGGGACAACACUUAUGCCUUUGACAGAGGACAGAGAAGAGAUCCGUGUGGGACUGGAGGAGCUGAACCUGGUGGAGCCUGGUGGAGACACAUUUUUGAACAAAGGAUUGGAGAGAGCCAGUGAACAGAUCUACUAUAGGAGUGGCGAUGCUCAUCGGACAGCGAGUGUGAUCAUUGCUCUGACAGAUGGAGAACUAAGGGAAAAUCAGUUUGAAGAUGCUCAAAGGGAGGCAGGCAGAGCUCGGCAGCUUGGGGCUACUGUCUACUGUGUGGGAGUUAAAGACUUUAAUGAAACACAGCUAUCAACCAUUGCUGACAGCAAGGACCACGUGUUUCCUGUUAAUGAUGGAUUUCAAGCACUGCAAGGCGUCAUUGACUCAAUCCUUAAAAGAUCAUGUAUUGAGAUCCUUGCUGUAGAACCGUCAAGCAUCUGUGAAGGAGAGUCCUUUCAAGUAGUCGUCAAGGGAAACGGCUUCCUUCACGCAAGAGAUGUACAGAAAGUUCUGUGCAGUUUCCGCAUUAAUGACACAGUCACCCUAAUGGAAAGACCGCUUGAGGUUAGAGACACUUAUCUUCUAUGCCCUGCUCCUGUUUUGGACAAAGUGGGAAUGUCAGCAACUCUCUAUGUCAGCAUGAACAAUGGUCUGAGCUUCAUAUCGAGCUCUGUCACCAUCACCGCAAUCACAUGUUCUGAUGGUACUUUUGUAGCCAUAGCAUUGCUCAUCCUGCUCCUGCUGUUGACAGUUGCUCUGCUCUGGUGGUUCUGGCCUCUCUGCUGCACUGUGGUGAUUCAUGAGCCACCUCCCCUCGCAGUCAUAGAUGAUUUCUCAGAUGAUGAGGAAGAUUACCCAAAAAAGCGGUGGCCCACAGUGGAUGCUUCCUACUAUGGAGGGCGGGGAGUUGGAGGAAUCAAGAGAAUGGAGGUACGAUGGGGGGAUAAGGGCUCCACUGAAGAAGGAGCAAAACUGGAAAAAGCAAAAAAUGCUCGAGUGGUGAUGCCUGAGCAGGAGUUUGAUUACCCUGCACCACGGCCAUAUUACCACACAUACAAGUCAGUGCGCCCACAGAAAUGGUACUCUCCCAUCAGGGGUAAACUUCACGCUCUGUGGGUUGUCUUGAGAAAAGGUUAUGACAGAGUGUCAGUGAUGAGACCUCAUCCUGGAGACAGGGGCAAGUGCAUUACAUUCAAAAGAAGUCCAUCAUACCCUGCUCCACGCAAUCCUAUCUACAACCACCCAUCCACACCCGUCUACACCCUGCCCCACACGCAGCAGCACAGAUGGUCAGACGAGGGUCUGAUGCCCCCAUCACCCACCACCAUCCUACCACCCCUGCCAACUACACCACCACCAUGUUCAGUCUCAUUUACAGCAUAUAAUACAUACAGGACCGCACCAGACAGAGAGCUCCCCCCACCCUCACCCACUGGGUGUGUGCCCCCACCUCCCAAUGGACCACCACCCUGUAGAGCCCCCCCUCCCACACGUCCCCCACCUCAUCCCAACACGGACAUCUGAAAAGUACACUUCUACUGGUCAAGCUGUUCCAAAUAUGUUGCUUUAAAGUCACAGUGAUGAUAUCAUACACAUGCUUGGGCUGAUCUUUUUAGAAAUUAAAUUCAAACUUUUAC